AUGAAUAGGAAAACACAUCUAUAUACACACUUUAUCUAUCUAUCUAUCUAUCUAUCUAUCUAUCUAUCUAUCUAUUAUUUUUUUCUUUCUUGCUUGCUUGUUAUUUUCUUUAUUUUUUGCCUCUUUCUUUUUUUCUUGUCAUUUUCUUUUUUUUUGUAUCUUUCUUUUUCUUUCUGUCUUUCUUUUUUCUUGUUUAUGAUUUCUUUAUUUUUUGGCCUCAAUUUUUUCAUUCUUUUUUACUUGCUGAUCAUUGGCUGCAAUUUUUUUUUCUUUCUUUUCUUCUAUGUUAUAUUCUUUAUAUUUUGUAUCUUUCUUUUUCUUUUCUUUCUUUCUUUCUUUCUUUCUUUCUUUCUUUCUUUCCUUUUCUGUCUUUCUUUCUUUCAUCCCUUUUCUUUCUUUCUUUUCUUUCUUUCUUUCUUUCCUUUCUGUCCCUUUUCUUUCAUUCUUUUCUUUCUUUCUUUCUUUCUUUUCUUUCUUUCUUUCUUUCUUUCCUUUCUUUUCUUUCUUUCUUUCUUUCAUCCCUUUUCUUUCUUUCUUUCUUUCUUUCUUUCCUUUUCUUUCUUUCUUUCUUUCAUUCCCUUUUCUUUCUUUUUCUUUCUUUCUUUCUUUCUUUCUUUCUUUCUUUCUUUCUUUUCUUUCUCUUUUCUUUCUUUCAUCCCUUUUCUUUCUUUCUUUCUUUCUUUCUUUCUUUCUUUCUUUCUUUCCUUUUCUGUCUUUCUUUCUUUCAUCCCUUUUCUUUCUUUCUUUCUUUCUUUCUUUCUGUCUUUCUUUCUUUCAUCCCUUUUCUUUCUUUCUUUCUUUCCUUUUCUGUCUUUCUUUCUUUCAUCCCUUUUCUUUCUUUCUUUCUUUCUUUCUUUCUUUCUUUCUUUCUUUCUUUCUUUCCUUUUCUGUCUUUCUUUCUUUCAUCCCUUUUCAUUCUUUCUUUCUUUCUUUCUUUCUUUCCUUGUCUGUCUUUCUUUCUUUCAUCCCUUUUCUUUCUUUCUUUCUUUCUUUCUUUCUUUCUUUUCUUUCUUUCUUUCCUUUCAUCCCUUUUCUUUCUUUCUUUCUUUCUUUUUUCUUUCUUUUUUCUUUCUUUCUUUCUUUUUCUCCUAUCUUUUCUUUCUUUCUUUUUUCUUUUUUUUUCUUUUUUUUUCUUUCUUUCUUUCUUUCAUCCCUUUCUUUCUUUCUUUUCUUUCUUUCUUUUCUUUCUUUCUUUCUUUUCUUUCUUUUUUUCUGUCUUUCUUUUCUUUCAUCCUUUUUCUUUCUUUCUUUCUUUCUUUCUUUCUCUUUUCCUUUCUGUCUUUCUUUCUUUCAUCCCUUUUCUUUCUUUCUUUCUUUCUUUCUUUCCUUUUCUGUCUUUCUUUCUUUCAUCCCUUUUCUUUCUUUCUUUCUUUCUUUCUUUCUUUCCUUUUCUGUCUUUCUUUCUUUCAUCCCUUUUCUUUCUUUCUUUCUUUCUUUCUUUCUUUUCUUUCCUUUUCUUUUCUUUCUUUCUUUCUUUCUUUUCUUUCUUUCUUUCCUUUUCUUUCUUUUCUUUUUUCAUCCCUUUUUUCUUUCAUCCUUUUUCUUUCUUUCUUUCUUUCUUUCCUUUUCUGUCUUUCUUUCUUUCAUCCCUUUUCUUUCUUUCUUUCUUUCUUUCUUUCUUUCUUUCUUUCCUUUUCUGUCUUUCUUUCUUUCAUCCCUUUUCUUUCUUUCUUUCUUUCUUUCUGUCUUUCUUUCUUUCAUCCCUUUUCUUUCUUUCUUUCUUUCUUUCUUUCCUUUUCUGUCUUUCUUUCUUUCAUCCCUUUUCUUUCUUUUUUUUUCUUUCUUUCUUUUCUUUCUUUCCUUUUCUGUCUUUCUUUCUUUCAUCCCUUUUCAUUCUUUUCUUUUUUCUUUCUUUCUUUCUUUCUUUCCUUGUCUGUCUUUCUUUCUUUCAUCCCUUUUCUUUCUUUCUUUCUUUCUUUCUUUCUUUCUUUCUUUUUCUGUCUUUCUUUCUUUCAUCCCUUUUCUUUCUUUCUUUCUUUCUUUCUUUCUUUCCUUUUCUGUCUUUCUUUCUUUCAUCCCUUUUCUUUUUUUCUUUCUUUCUUUCUUUCUUUCUUUCUUUCUUUCUUUCUUUCUUUCCCUUUUCUGUCUUUCUUUCUUUCAUCCCUUUUCUUUCUUUCUUUACUUACUAUUUUCUUUCUUUGUUGUCUGGACUUCAAUUUAUUUCUUUCUUUUUUCUUUUCUUCCUCGAUAUGUUUUUCUUUCUUUUCUUACUUCAUAUUUUCUUUCUUCAUUCAUUCAUUUAUUCAUUCAUCUUUCCAUGUUUCUUACUUUUUAUCUUUGAUUCUUUCUUUCUUUUCUAAGCCUUUUCAUUCUUUAUUACAUUUUUUAAUUUCUUCCUUGUAUUAUUUCCCUUUUAUUUUUCUUCUUCCUUCUUUAUUUUUCUUUAUUUCAUUUGUUCAUACUUUUUAUGUCUUUCUUUUCUUUUCUUUCUUUCUUUCUUUCUUUUAUUCUUUCUCUUUCUUGUAUAUCUUUUCUGUCUUUCUUUUCUUUUAUCCUUUCUUUUAUUUUAUGUUUUCUUUUCUUUCUUUCUUUCUUUCUUUCUUUAUUUCUUUAUUUCUUUCUUUCUUUAUUUCUUUCUUUCUUUCUUUCGUUAUUUCUUUCUUUCUUUCUUUCAUCCCUUUUCUGUUUUUCUUUCUUUCACCCCUUUUCUUUCUUUCUUUCUUUCCUUUUCUGUCUUUCUUUCUUUCAUCCCUUUUCUUUCUUUCUUUCUUUCUUUCUUUCUUUCUUUCUUUCCUUUUCUUUCUUUCUUUCUUUUUUUGUCUUUCUUUCUUUCUUUCUUUCUCUUUCUUGUAUAUCUUUUCUGUCUUUCUUUUCUUUUAUCCUUUCUUUUAUUUUAUGUUUUCUUUUCUUUCUUUCUUUCUUUAUUUCUUUCUUUCUUUCUUUAUUUCUUUCUUUCUUUAUUUCUUUAUUUCUUUCUUUCGUUAUUUCUUUAUUUCUUUCUUUCUUUCUUUCAUCCCUUUUCUGUUUUUCUUUCUUUCACCCCAUUUCUUUCUUUCUUUCUUUCACCCCUUUUCUUUCUUUCUUUCUUUCUUUCUUUCUUUCUUUCCUUUUCUUUCUUUUUUUUUUUCUUUCUUUCUUUCUUUCUUUCUUUCUUCUUUCUUUCUUUCUUUCUUAAAGCUUAUUUUUAAUUCCAUGUUUUCUUUUUUCUUUUUCCUUUCAACGAAAUUUCUUUCUUUUUAUUUAUUUAUUUUCUUGCUUCUUAUUUUCAUCCUUUUUCAUUUUCUUUCCACCUUGGGUCCUUUUUUCAUUCUUUCUUGUUUUUUUUCAUUCAUUCAUUCAUUCAUUCAUUCGUUCUUUCUUUCUUUCACAUGGUUAUAUUUUCUUUGUCAUUCUCCUAUCACAGCUUCAUCUAUUACAAAAACUCUGUGGUUCAUCUAUGGUAGACAGUUUCCGUGGUUAACGAGCAAAUAUAUUCGGAACUUUGCCGCACUUGUCAAGAAGUGCAGAAAGCCCAAUCAAGUCGUAUCCAUUAAUAUCUAUCUAUCUAUCUAUCUAUCUAUCUAUCUAUCUAUCUAUCUAUCUAUCUAUCGCAUUAUUUUCCUAUCUCUGCAUUUUAUAUCUAUCUAUCUAUCUAUCUAUCUAUCUAUCUAUCUAUCUAUCUAUCUAUCUAUCUAUUUCAGUAUUUUCCCAUAUCUGUUCUUUAUCUAUCUAUCUAUCUAUCUAUCUAUCUAUCUAUCUAUCUAUUUCAGUAUUUUCCCAUAUCUAUCUAUCUAUCUAUCUAUCUAUCUAUCUAUCUAUCUAUCUCAUUCAAUAUGUAUGUAUCUUUCCCAUUCUGUUCAUAUCUAUCUAUGUCUGGUCAUAUCUAUCUCGUUUAGUUCAUGUCUGUCUGUCUGUCAAUCUAUGUAA